GCACGCACCAUUUUCCCUUCCGAGGACCAACGCCAGAACUGACAGCAUCGUUGAACAUCGCUCUUUUGGCCGAAAUGGCAGUGUAAAAGUGUGCAGCGACCUAGCAGCCAACCAAACAGUGCAUCCAGCAAGUGCACUGAGUCACACUCAAUUCAGCAAAAAUGUCGUCCCACGUGGAAACCCUCACCACUGCUGCUUUUGACAGCAUUAAAGAGUUCGAGACCUGCCUACUGUCACGCUCUCCAUUUGUGACCAACAACAGCCACUAUGACCAUGACGAUGAUAAACUCACAGUUUGGCCUGGAAGACAUGGAGGCCCUUCUCUGGGGACCUUCCUCUCCCAUGGCUGACCCCAUGGAUCUCCUUUCAUUUCACCCUGACCAAGAAGAACAACAGAAAGGAGGACGCACCUCACUGGAGGGGGACACAGCACCUGUGUCACCUGUGGCCUCCUCAUCGCUGUCUUCUUCCUCCUCUCCUCCUCCCUUCUACUCUCCUCCACCCUCACCGUCAGCUGUCCUCCUCCCAGCAGACAAAGCUGGGGCUGAGCCGGACCUGCUCUCCCUCCCCUGGUUGGAUGACCCCAGUCAGCUGAGACGGUCGAGCUCAGAUGACGACAAAGAGGAUCUAUUGGGUAAUCUGGACUGGAUGGCCCAGAGGAUGGAUUUGAGCGAGUUUGACCUGGACUCUCUGAUUGGCUCCUGCAGCCCUCAUGAAGAGUCCCCCAGCUCUCCAGAUGACUUCUUAUCCUCCCUGGAGUGCUCCAUGGAGCUUGAAAGCCUCCCAGUUGCCACUCUUGAGCUACUUCCUGUUCCCCCUCCAAGUCUGCCUCCCCUACCUUCUCCUCCUACUCUCAGUCCAGAGCAGUCCCCCGUCCAUAUGGAUGAGCCUGAAUCCUGCAUUGACGACCAAGAUGUUCCCUCCUCUGUCCUGAUUGUCCCCGAACCACAAGAGGAGCUGGAAAUCAAAUCUGAGCCUGCUUCCCCAGACCCUUCCCCCUCCUCACCCACCUACACCCUGGACCUGGGCAGUGAAGUGGACGUCUCUGAGAGCGAGAUGAAGCCAGUAGUAACCCCUGUCGUCCCUCAGGUCCAGAGGAUCGUACUCUCCCUUUCCCCAACCCGCAUCGUCCUUGUGCUCGCCCCCAAGGAGGAGGUCGCCCUCACCACUGUAGCCACCACAACCUCCACUCCAACCAGAUCCUCCAAAAGCAGACCCUACCCAGAGCCCUCAUACAAAGCCUGUCCACCUUCUUCCAGUGCCACUGGCGUCAGAAUAAAGGGUGCAAGCGGAGACGAAAGGGUAACUUUGAAGGCACCAAAGGCCAAGAAACUUAAGAAGAUGGAGCAGAAUAAGACGGCAGCCACUCGUUACAGGCAGAAGAAGAGAGCUGAACAGGAGUCGCUCCUCCAAGAGCACACCCAGCUGGAGAGAAAGAACAUGGAGCUGAAGGAGAAGGCAGAGUCCAUGGCCAGGGAGAUAGAGUACCUGAAGGAGCUGAUGGAUGAGGUCCGCAUGGCCAGGGUCCAAAAAGGUCUUAGUGCUGACCCCUAGUGGUCAGAUUGACGAAGGACAGAUAAUGUGUAUGCUAAAGAAAGUGACCAUUUAGAGAGUGAGCUCAGCAGAUUUUAAUUCCUUCAUGCAAAUGAGUAUCAGUAAAAAUGUGUGUUUUGUCCACACAGCAUGUCUUUAACCUGAUGUAUCCUGUAUAGAUAUCCACACCAGGUAUUAAAUAUUUUACUUUUAUUAUCUUUAGAGUAGUUAUCAAAGUAUUUUCUAUUCAGUAUAUAAGCUUGUGUGCAGUUUAUUGAUGUUUGUAAAUUUUUCCUAUCUUUGGACCUCUGUAAGUUGCCAGUACACUGUCCUUAAACUCUUAAUAACUCAUGGAUUACAGUGUAACCGGACCAUGUAUUAUGAAUCUCUUAAUAAAGAGUCUUAACCCUA